AUGUCCUACUCGGCCAUCUCUUCUCCUGCUUCGAGCUUCCGCGAAAAUACCUACACGAUCCCAAAUGCUCUUACUCUGUCGCGUAUCCUUUCGUGUCCAUUCCUUGCCUGGUCAAUUAUACACGGAGAUUUCUCAACAGCAACUGCCAUUUUGGUCUACGCUGGUGUGUCGGACUGGGUCGAUGGCUUCUUAGCACGACGAUACCAGAUGCGUUCUGUACUAGGUACAAUCCUGGAUCCGGCGGCGGAUAAAGCACUAAUGACAACUUUGACGGUUACUCUCGCCAUGAAGGAUAUGCUUCCUGUCCCACUAGCAUGUAUUAUCCUUGGCCGAGACGUACUAUUAAGCCUCGCAGCCUUUUACAUCCGAUACAAGACUCUACCUUCUCCCAAAACGUUUCAACGCUACUGGGAUUUCUCGAUCCCCUCGGCUGAGGUACACCCAACAGGAAUUAGCAAGGUUAACACCGCACUCCAGCUUUUAUUAAUGGGCAUCACGACGAUUUCGCCGCUUACAAGUCUUGAUCUGGACUUGACACUUCAGUGUUUGCAGUGGUCAGUUGCGGGUACAACGAUCUGGAGCGGAUUAUCAUAUGUGUUCUCCUCGAGUGCAGUGCGAGUAGUAUCAAGCCCAUAG